AUGGCCGAUAUAGCAAUUUCUUAUGUCAUGCAAAAGCUUACAGACUUACUAAAUGAAGCAGUUUUCCUAAGAGGGGUCACUGGGCAGGUCAACUGUUUGCAAAAUGAGCUGCAAUGGAUGCAAUGCUUCUUAAAAGAUGCUAAUGCAAAGCAAGGAAACGAUGAGAGAGUUCGUGAUUGGAUUGCUGAAAUCAGAGAUGUUGCUUACGAUGUAGAGGACAUCAUUGACACCUUCAUCAUACGAGUUGAGUCCCGGAAGAGAAGCUUCUUUGCAAGGUAUGCUUGUGUUAUCAAUGAGAAUUUGAGCCUUCUGAAUGAGGUCGGAAAAGAAAUUGAAGCUAUUCAUGAUAGAAUUCAUAAAAUUUCUAGAAGUCGUGAAACUCUUGGCAUUCGGAUUUGUGGAGAGGAUACAAGUCCUUCCACAAACGGAAGUCCACAAACUCAAAGAUCCACUCCUUGUGGUGUGGAGAAGGAUAUAGUCGGUCUAAAAGAGGAUACAGAUAAGCUCGUAGCUCAACUCGUCAAUAAGGAGGACCGGCUCUCUGUAGUUUCCAUCAUUGGGACAGGAGGAAUUGGUAAGACAACCCUUGCCAAGAAGGUAUACAACCAUGUUGAAAUUAGGGAUCAUUUUGAUUGUCGUGCUUGGACUUAUGUUUCCCGAAAGUAUUCCAUCAGAGACCUAUGGCAGGGAAUCAUAAAACAAGUUAAAACGCCGACGAAGGAGCUAGUGGAGAAGAUGGGAAAAUCCCAGGAUCACCAGUUGAAGGAAAUGCUUUAUGAAUUCCUAAAAGAGAAAUGCUAUCUUGUAGUUUUAGAUGAUAUAUGCACCACAGAAGCUUGGGAUUUUCUUGCAAAGGCAUUCCCGGACACAAGAAAUGGAAGUAGGUUGAUGCUUACAACUCGUAACAAGGAUGUUGCUUUGCAUGAUGAUAUUCAAAACAUUCCCUAUGAAUUGCAACUCCUAGAAAAUGAGGAAAGUUGGGAGCUAUUUUGCAGGAAAACAUUUGGUAUGAGUUCUCCCACAGAAUUUGAGAACAUUGGGAGAAAAAUUGUGGAAAGAUGUUCUGGUUUACCCUUGGCUAUUAUCAUAAUGGGAGGCCUCCUAUCAAGAAAAAACAAAUUGCUGAGUGAAUGGGAAAUGGUGUACAACAACAUGGGUUCGCACUUUGCCAAUGAUCCAAUAGGAGUUUCAACAAUAUUAACAUUAAGCUACAAUGAGUUGCCCCAUUAUUUGAAAUUUUGCUUUCUCUAUUUAGGCCAUUUUCCAGAGAACUACACAAUUGGUACGCGUAAAUUGUUCCACUUAUGGGUUGCAGAGGGUUUGAUUCCACAACAAGGUGAAACGAUGGUGACUGCAGAACAGUACCUUGAUGAACUAAUCAAAAGAAAUAUGGUUCAGGCAGUAAGAAUGAGUUCAAAUGAGAGAGUUAAGGAAUGUAAAAUCCAUGAUCUUCUUCGAGAUCUUUCAAUCUCAAGGGCAAAGGAGGAAAUAUUUCUUGAUAUUCAUGAGGAUGAAGAUCAUUUGCCUUCAGCAAAAACCCGUCACCAAGCUGUCCACGCUAAUAGGUAUUUCUCCCGACCAACAACUCCACACCUCCGUUCUCUUCUUUUCUUCAAUCCAAGCAAAUACAAGAUAUUUACACAAUUGGGUCUUAUUUGCAAAAAUUUCAAACUAUUGAGGGUGCUAGAUUUAAAAGACUUAUGGAUUAGCUACUUACCUGGUGAGAUUGGAAGUUUGCUUUACUUAAGGUACUUGGGUUUGGGAGGAACCGUGAUAAAGUAUCUUCCAUUGUCAAUGAGAAACUUGCAGAACUUGCAGACACUGGACAUCAGCAAUCUCUAUUUUGAUAAACUUCCGAAUGUGAUAGGAAAGAUGGAAAAUUUACAGCAUCUUUACAUGGAGCCCUUAGAUUGUAUUGGUCAAUUGAAAAUUGAUACUUUAAUCCAUCUGCAAACUCUGUCAUUGGUACGUGUUCAAAACUGGAAAGGAAAUAAUUCAGAGAAGCUAAUCAGCCUUCAAAAACUGAAAGUAAACAUAAAGUUUGAGCCAGAUGCUGAAUUUUUCGACUCCAUUGCCAAGCUUCCAAAUCUUCUGUCUUUAGAAUUGACCCAUGUGGGCCAACCCCCAACAUUCAAAUCUUUGAAUAAGCUCUGUAACCUCCAACGUCUCACUAAGCUGUAUAUAUGGGCACAUUUGCCUGAGCUACCUCGCCUGCAGGAAUUUCCACCAAACCUCAACCAUCUAAUCUUAUGCGCUUCCCAUCUCAAACAAGAACAAGUGCAUGUAUUGGAGAAGCUACCAAAAUUGCUUAUUCUCAAAUUAACAAGGUGGUCUUAUGAUGGAAAAGAACUGGUAUUUUCUGCAAAUGGCUUCCAUCAACUCAAGUUCCUAGAACUGAAUGUCUUGGCAAAUUUACAGGAAUUAAAAGUGGAAGAAGGAGCAAUGCCAAGCCUCAGCCACUUCAGAAUUUCCAAGUGUUUAAACCUAAUCAGCCUCCCCGAAGAGAUGAAGUUUUUCAGUGUUCUCCAAGAGUUGGAAAUUGAUGGAAUGCCACAAAAUUUUGAGAGCAAGCUCAGAGGUGAAGAUUCUUACAAAAUCCAGCGUGUGUCCUCUGUGAAUUUUACAAAUAUUAAGAAAUGAUUCAUCCACAACUCUAUUCCAUUAUUGUCCAGUUCCUUCAGAAUUUUAUGAUGCCGCUACUUUGAUUGCAUUGCUAAAGAUGUUAGUGCAGCUGUUGAAAUUCAGUUAUUUGUUAUAUUAUAUGUCUCAUCAACCGUGGAUUUCAAAGUUUCUGCUUGGGUUAUGAGGGUGGUGUUUUGGUACAGCAGUCUAGGAUUUCUGUCGUGCAAGGACUGGUAUUCUUUGUGUGAAUGCUGCCAGCCAAUUUAUUUUCUGAACUUCCUUUCUGGAUUUUCCUACAGCAGAAUGUGCUCUCCACUCUGUUUCUUCUGUGAUUCUUACUCUCUGGGUUGUUUAUGGGUGUGGUAUGAAGGUUAGUGUCUGCCAUAUGGCACUAUUGGGGCUUAUUUUGAAAUCUACUUCUGUCAAAAUUUUUUUUGGUUUCUUCUUCGGACCUAUUUUGUGUUUUGAGCGUUGUAUAACUUAUGUUGGUGAUUUGUAAUGGAGUGUUCCGUUC